GCAAUAAUCCCGGCCGCCAUCUUGAAACCGGGUGAUAGUGAGCUCCGUGGCGGCGUCCGCGGCUUCCGGUUUGCUGGGUUUCCGCCCUCCCGCGAGGCCAGAGCGGCGGCCGGUAUCGGCGGGGGCGGAGCUGUUGGCGGGUGCUGCGCGAUUCCGAGCUUGAAGGAGAAGGAGAAGAAGAAGAAGAAAGGCCCUCGUUCCAUGCAAGGCGAGAAAGACGCCAUGGGCGAAGUGCUGCAGAAGAAGUUACAGGCAGAGCUGGAGAAAUAUCAGCAGAUGCAGAAAGAUCUGAGCAAAUGCAUGACCGCCCGUCAGAAGCUGGAGGCUCAGUUGACGGAGAACCAUGUAGUGAAGGAGGAACUGGACCUGCUGGACUCCUCUAACGCGGUCUACAAGCUCAUCGGGCCGGUGCUGGUGAAGCAGGACAUGGAGGAAGCCAAAGCCACCGUCGGAAAGAGGCUGGACUACAUCACAGGGGAGAUCAAGCGCUAUGACACCCAGAUUCAGGACUAUGAGCGGAAGUCGGAGCAGCACCGGGAGGCCCUGGGCCGGCUGCAGCAGGAAUUCCAGCGGACGCAGGGCAAGGUGUCCGUCAAGACUUGAAGAGGCAGCGUGGAAGGAGGGGUGGGCUGGCUGGCGCCCCCAGGCCCGCCAUUCAGGCCUUUUGGAUCCCUUCAAAUAAAAUUCUGCUGGACCUUU